AUGCGAUUAUUGAACACGACGACAUACGGACUAGUUGAGUAUGCUCAAAUCAAGAAGAACGACAGGGAAUAUGUCAUUCUGUCACACACAUGGCUAGAGAAGCAUGAAGAGGAAGUCACAUAUAGAGAUAUGGAAUGCAAUCUUGAGGGACUCAGAAGAGGUACAUACAAACAGACCGGUUGGCGCAAAUUGACCGACUUUUGCAAAUUUGCUGCAAAUCGUGGACACAAAUGGGCUUGGAUGGACACAUGCUGCAUCAACAAGGCAGACGCCAUGGAGACCCAAGCUUCCAUUCACGGAAUGUACGAGUUUUAUGCCGAGGCCCUGGUUUGCUAUGCCUACCUUGCGGAUGUCAGCGUUGAGGGCGGUCGCGAUCAAUACAAGGCCAAACUAAAGGGCUCAAGAUGGUUCACCAGAGGAUGGACGCUUCAGGAAUUGAUAGCGCCCAAUAUUUUGGUCUAUUUAGACCAAGAAUGGCGGCAUAUAGGAACUCGGGAGACCUUUAGUGAUAUCCCAGGGCUGAAUCGCUCAUUUCAGCGCUUCCUGCAACUGCGCAUCACUUCGGUGGCCAGUCAAAAAUCAUCGCUCGCAUACAACUUGGCGACAAGAAUGUCGUGGGCAGCUCAAAGGCGAACAAUGAGACCGGAAGACGAGGCAUAUUCAAUUUGCGGAUUGCUGCGGAUAAAAUUACCUGUGAGAUAUGGGGAUGAAGAUACGACGAUGGCAUUUCUCCGCCUCCAACUGGCACUGAUCGAAAUGUACCAUGAUCUUUCCAUCCUUGCCUGGUUUAGUAACCCAGGUACGCUCCUGCCCAUGAUGGCUUUGUGGGCCACUUUAUAA